AUGGAUUCUUCUAUCAAGGACCAAGAUGAUGCAGUUGAUUAUCUCGAAGCUCACACCAGAACUGUCGAGGUUGAUGUAGUCGCACUUCGACGCAAGAUUGACCGACACUUGCUCCCUUACAUGUUCUGUUGUUAUGUCCUGCAGUUCCUAGACAAGGUGAUGCUCAAUUACGCCUCGGUCAUGGGUCUACGAAAAGACCUAAAACUUGUGGGCAAUGAGUUCAGCGACAUCGCUACAUAUUUCUUCGUUGCCUAUCUCAUCGCCGAGGUACCGAACGUUUUCUGUCUUCAGAAAUUCCCAGCCGCGAAAUGGCUCGGCGCAAAUGUUUUUCUCUGGGGUCUAGCUGCUGCUUGUGGAGCUGCAGCGCAUGACUAUCGAACCCUGCUGAUUCCACGAGUAUUCCUUGGCGUCUUCGAGGCGACUGUCGGUCCCUCAUUGAUGCUUAUUAGCAGUCAAUACUAUACCCGCAGUGAACAAGCUCCGAGAUUCACAUUCUGGUACAUGGGACUGGGUGUUGCUCAGAUUCUGGGUGGCAUUAUUUCAUUUGCAUUCCAACAUGUUCAUCAUGCAUCGAUGGAGGGAUGGCGAAUCAUGUUUCUGGUACUGGGUCUCAUCACCAGCUUGGUAGGCGCCUUGACUUUUUUCUUCAUCCCGGAUACUCCAAUCAAAGCCUCGUGGCUGUCUAGUGAUGAAAAACUCGUUCUUAUCCAGCAUAUCAGCAAGAACCAAACUGGAAUGUGGAGUUCCAAGUACCACCUGCGACAGAUCUGGCAAAGUGUGUACGAUCCUCAGCUUUGUCUGUUAACCAUCAUUACAAUCCUAAUAUCCAUCUCAAGCGGCGUGGUGACCACAUACUCCGCAACCCUGAUUGCAGGAUUCGGAUUUUCAGGUCCCAUCUCAGCCCUCCUCAACACGCCCUCCGGUAUAGUCAGCAUCUUCUUCACCCUACUAGUCGGUUUUGGCAUCCGCCGAACCUCUAACCGCUGGGCCUGGAAUGUCCUCUGUUGCAUCCCGGGGAUAAUUGGGUCGGCGUUGUUCUCGUUCCUUCCGAAGAAGAACAAGGCGGGAAUUCUGAUAGGAGUCUAUCUCGUCAACGCCAUCGUGGCCACCCUACCCAUUCUGUACCAGUGGACCAUGGCCAACUGCGCCGGACAUACCAAACGUGCGUUCGCCAGUGCCUUAAUUGCUGGGUCUUUUUCCGUGGGAAAUAUCAUCGGACCGCAGACCUUUCAGGCCCGUGAUGCACCAGGGUAUCGACCUGCUAAGAUUAUCGUUCUUGCAACACAGGCAUCAGCAGCUGUGUUGACUAUUGUACUGUUUCUGUACUAUUGCUGGGAGAAUCGCCGUCGGGAUCGACGCGGCGCUGUAACUGAGGCUAUUGUCGAUGAAGUCAAGUGGUCUGGCUUGACGGACAAGGAUAAUCCGCAAUUUAGAUACGUUAUUUGA